GUGGUGUCCAGGUGGUCGGUCCGUCUCAGCCGGUCAAGGCAACGGUUGGUGAAGACGUUCUCUUGUCUUGUCGGCUGAAACCUGCAGCCGAUGCUUCAGACAUGUCCGUGGAGUGGUCCAGAGACGACCUGGACCCUCGAUUUGUCUUUGUGUGUCGCAGUCCAAAGAGCAGGAGGCAACGAAUCAGGAAAAAGUUAAUGUUCAUAAAGAAACACAAACUUCUCAAUGAAAAGCAGAAGAUGGAGACUGAGCUGCAGAUUGUGGAGCAAAAACUGCAAACUGUCAAGGUUCAACUUAUUAUCUUAAACAUUAUUUUGUUGAGUUCUGACAUCAGGAUUUCUACCUUGACUGUCUCUUUAGUUUUAUUUUGCUCUGACUAUUGAGAAUCUUAGUCGUCUAGAAGAGGUGAAUCUCAUCAUCAUGAUGUUUUUAAAUCAAGUAACCUUGUAAAUGUCCAUGAACUCUGUCUCACUGUGAUGUAAAGUCAAUCAGAU